AUGGACAGAGCCAUGGGGCACUUGCUUAUGCUGUGGGUGGCUGCGGGCAUGUGCUCUACCACUUUGGGUGCCUCUGCGUGGUCAGUGAGCAAUUUCCUGGUAACAGGUCCCAAGGCCUAUCUGACUUACGCCACCAGUGUGGCCUUGGGUGCUCAGACUGGCAUGGAAGAGUGCAAGUACCAGUUUGCCUGGGAGCGAUGGAACUGCCCCGAGCAUGCUGUCCAGUCCUCCACCCACCACCGGCUGAGGGGAGCCACAAGAGAGUCGUCCUUCCUUCACGCCAUCCGCUCUGCUGGAGUCAUGUACACCAUCACCAAGAACUGCAGCAUGGGUGACUUUGAAAACUGUGGUUGUGAUGGGUCAAAAAACGGAAAAACAGGUGGCCAUGGCUGGAUCUGGGGAGGCUGCAGCGACAAUGUGGAAUUUGGGGAAAGAAUCUCCAGACUCUUCAUAGACAGUCUGGAGAAAGGGAAGGAUGCCCGAGCUCUGAUGAACCUUCACAACAACAGGGCCGGCAGGCUGGCAGUGAGGGCCUCCAUGAAGAGGACCUGCAAAUGUCACGGCAUCUCAGGAAGCUGUAGCAUCCAGACGUGCUGGCUGCAGCUGGCCGACUUCAGGGAGAUGGGAGACUAUCUAAAAGCCAAGUAUGACCGCGCGUUGAAAAUUGAGCUGGAUAAGCGGCAGCUAAGGGCUGGCAACCGAGCUGAGGGCCGCUGGGCUCCCACAGAGACCUUCCUUCCCAGCGCAGAGGCUGAGCUGGUCUUCCUGGAGGACUCUCCUGACUACUGCUCCCGCAAUGCCAGCCUGGGCAUCUACGGCACAGAGGGACGCGAGUGCCUGCAGAACGCCCGUGGUGCGUCCAGGUGGGAGCAGCGCAGCUGUGGGCGCUUGUGCACCGAGUGCGGGCUGCAGGUGGAAGAGAGGAAAACAGAAGCCGUGAGCAGUUGUAACUGCAACUUUAAAUGGUGCUGCACCGUCAAGUGUGGCCAGUGCAGGCACAUAGUGAACAGGUACUACUGCACACGUCCCACUGGUAGUGGCCGGCCCCGGGGUAAGGGAAAGGGGGGUGCUAGAUAA